AUGAAUUUAAGGCUAUCAAACUAUAGUUUGUUUCAAAAUAUUCUUGAUAAAACGAAUAAAUCGAAUUGUAUUUAUUCUACACACAGUUCUUACGAAGAAUAUCAUGAUGAAAAAGUAAGAACAGGUUCUUUUUUUUAUUCGAAAAAAUUUAGACGUUACAUGUUACCUAUUAUGGGUAUACUGUAUAUAAUCAUAUUGAAUUUAUUACAUCUUAAAGGGAUAUUAUCUACUGAGGUUCAACGCAGUUAUACAUUUUCAAGGAAUUUGAGUGAUAAUGAAAAAGAAAAAGAAAAAGAAAAAGAAAAAGAAAAAGAAAAAGAAAAUAAAGAAUUUUAUAAAUGUUAUAAAAAAAAAGGAAUAAAAAAAUUAACAAUUGAAUAUACGGAGUAUAUGCAAAAAGCACUAAAACGGAAAUUGAAGGCUGGUAAAAAUGAAGCAUUUAAAAAGUAUUCACAUAUAUUUGUCGAUUUAAUGAAAAAUGAAAUAUGGAAACAAUACGAAUUAUCUCCAUAUAUAUUAACUCUAAAAGGAAUAUAUAUAAACAAAUAUGAUCCUGAAAUAAAUAGGAAUAUUAUUUUAUUAAAUAAGGAAACGAGGAACAGGCGUAAGGUUAAUCAUGUUUAUUUGCUUGUGCAAAAUAACGAGAGGCUUAAAUUUAAUUUUUUACAUGAAUAUUUUAGUGAGCUUUAUACUGAUUUAAGAAACAGUCACAAAUCACCUAUGUAUUAUGCAAAGGAAACAUUUCAACAACUUAAUGAAUUUGUUGUUUUAGGAAUCAAAUAUGUUGAGAACACAUGUAGUAACGCUUUUAAAAAAUGGUUAAAAAACAAUGAUGAUUUAAAUAUUCAAGAAUUUAACUUACUUAUUUUGGCAUGUAGGUUAUUAUGGAGAAGAACCUUAACAAAAAUAAAAGAAGAAGGCAAAAAAUAUCUUGAAAAACCUUUUAAAACUUUAGAUAAAGAAAGAUUAAAAAUUAAGUCUAAAGGUGGUAAUCCUUUGUUUUUUAAGGCUAAUGAAUUUUAUGAAAAGAAUCCAGAUUUAGUUACUUGCAAAAACGCCCAUUUCCUAAAUUUAUUAAAACAGGCGAAUACUGAAUUUGAUGAAGACUUGUAUGAUGAAGAACAGGAAGAAAGAAAACAAAAAGAAAGGGAUCAAGAAUUAAUAAAAAAUACCGAAAAGGAAAUCCGGGGGGUUGCAGGUGCAAAUGAUGAUUCUGAAGAUAAUGAUGAUUCCGAAGAUAAUGAUGAUACUGAGGAUUAUGAUGAUUAUGAAGAUUAUGAAGAAGAUUUAUAUCCAAGACAUCCGGGAUUAUAUAAUUCUUAUUAUGAUUAUGAAAGACCAUAUUUAUUAACCCCUGAAAUGUUGGAAUACAUUGAAAAGGCAGUUGAAGAAAACGUGGAAAAAGAAGUUGAAAGGAGAGCUAUAGAAUCAUUUGAAAAUAGAAUGCUAAAACAGUUUGUAGAUGAAAUAAGAGAUAAAAGAUUAAGAAAAGGUACCAUUUAA